GGAGAACUGCUUGAUGAUGAUUGUCUGCAGCCUCAUCGUGUUUGCCUUGGCAUUUGCUGUGGCUGUGCUUAUCGAUUGCGAGUGGGCAUAUUCCUAAGAACUUUGGCCCGCUUUGUGCGACAAGAAAAGGAUCAUGGAGCUACAGCGUGAACAAGAUCACCAAAAAGCCCUGAGGAACUUUUGAGAGUACGGACUGGUCAUGAGGACGAUGGGUGAUGGAGUUCGAGGUGGAGAAUGGCAACAAGCACCCAGACCUCCAUGGCCUGAACCUUUGAGGAGGCUGAUCCUGACCGGAUUUUGAAUGUCCAGAUGAGAGAAGAAGGACCAGUUGCAGCUGAUGGACAAACAGGUGCGAAUUCCCAGCUAGUCGAACCAGAGCCCGAGGAACAAGAGUUUGAACCUGGAGAGGACGAUUUGUCUUCAAAGGAGCCGGAAGGAGCAGAGAACAUGGUGAUGGAUUGGAACCCAGAUGUAGGAAGGAUGCAGAACUUUGGGCUGCUGGAGGAUUCAGAUGAUGCCUACAGCAGCGAGGAGUACUUCCUGGUGACACCUGGGGGCAGCUACAGGAGAAGGUACCGGAGGACCAACUCUGAGCGAGAAGAAGAUGAAGAAAAUGAGGAAACUCAGAUGGAAGUUGAGCGAGGAGGAGAAGAGCAGGCUCAAAUGGAAGUGGAUGAAGUUGGAGGACGAGAUGCCUCAGCUGAGGUAGAUCGAAGCCGCCCACCAAGAGACGCGGAUUGGUGGGACCUUGAGACCCUACUGCGGUACCAGAAGGAUUCCGCACAAGAACGGCGCGCUCGAAAGCUGAAGGAUGCUGGAAUCUUUCCCAUCCAGUUGCUGAAAGAGUUUUCGCACACCCGCCUUGCAGCAGAGCACUCAGCCAUGUUUCCACAUAUGGCAUUUGACCAUAUCCUGAGUUGGAAUCAGGAGGAGCGAACGGGAUUUGCACAGUUCGCGGUGAUUGUGAUUAGCUCCCAAUGGGAGGAUGACUGGGAAGCCAGGCUGCAGAGGUUCUAUGAGACUGGAGAAGUCUAG